AUGAGAGUCAACCGCGUGGAUUACCUCCUCAAUCCCAUACCCUCCAACCAGAUGACGCAAUCUUUUGACUUCACCAACCACUCCCACCGUCGCCACAACCCGUUGACUGGUUCCUACAUUCUCUGCUCGCCACACAGAGCCAAGCGUCCAUGGCAGGGUGCUCGCGAAGAGAUCAAGAAGAUGAACUUGCCGUCAUACGAUCCCAAGUGCUACUUGUGCCCAGGAAACAUUCGAGCCACUGGCGACAGAAACCCUAAAUUCGAGGCUACCUACGUGUUUACCAACGACUAUCCUGCCGUCAAGUUGGAACAGCCAGAUUACGUGGAAAACGAGCCUAAAGACACCGUCAAAGGAAGGCUUCUCAAGACAGAAGGUGUCAAGGGAAAAUGUUUUGUCAUCUGUUUCAGUCCCAACCACAACCUCACGUUGCCGUUGAUGGAGGUGGCAGAGCUCACUAAGGUGGUCGACACCUGGCAGAAGCUUUACCACGAUUUGGGCCAGGAAGCUGGCCAUGGAUCGCCCUACAAGUACCUCCAGCUCUUCGAGAACAAAGGCAGUGCGAUGGGAUGCUCCAACCCCCAUCCACACGGCCAGGCGUGGUGCUUGGACAUCGUGCCCACCGAGGUCCAGCACGAACUCAACAACAUGAGCAGGUACUACCGUGAAAACCAGACACACAUGCUUGGAGACUACGUGCAAUUGGAAAUCAAGGAAAAAGAGAGGGUGGUGGUCCAGAACGACUCGUUUCUCGUGGUGGUCCCCUACUGGGCAUUGUGGCCUUUCGAGACGCUCUUGAUAGCCAAAGAACACCUCAGGUCCACCGAGGACUUCUCCGACAAGCACAAGACCGACUUGGCAGAAAUCCUCAAGAAAUUGACUACCAAGUACGACAACCUCUUCAACACAUUUUUCCCGUACUCCAUGGGGAUCCACCAGGCUCCGUUCCAGUGCACGGAUGAAGAGAAGAACGCCAGCUGGUUCCACAUGCACUUCUACCCUCCGUUGUUGCGGUCUGCGACCGUCAAGAAGUUCUGUGUGGGCUUUGAGAUGUUGGGCGAAGCCCAGCGUGACUUGACCAGCGAACAGGCUGCUGGGCGGCUCCAGGACUUGGACGGGGAUGUCCAUUUUUUGAACCGUUAG